CCUUCUUGUACAUAAUUUAAAGACAAGACCCAACCCAGGAAUGGCUACCACUCUCCGCUGCAGGGAGCUUGUUUCCUCCACCACCGUACGACGCCGUUUCCAACUGUCGGUGCGUUUUCCACUCUCUCUUCUUCUUAUUACCUCAAAACGGGGCUGCGCUCAGUUUCUCCCCUUUGUUCGUCUCUUAAGAUCCAAGUUUAGUACACAAACACCAGAUAAGACCGUCCGCGCUGUAAAAAUGGAAGCGAAUAGCAACACUGUUCCAAGCAUCGUUGUUUAUGUUACUGUUCCAAACAGAGAAGCAGGCAAGAAGUUGGCUGGAAGCAUUGUGAAAGAGAAACUUGCAGCGUGUGUAAACAUAUUCCCAGAUCCUGAGGAGCUGCUGAUAAUCAAGAUAAGGCAAUCCCUCCUGUCAGCACUCACAGAACAUGUCAACGCAAAUCACGAAUACGAUGUACCGGAAGUAAUUGCCUUACCCAUCAACGGUGGCAGCCCCCAGUAUCUAGAAUGGCUUAAGAACAGCACAAGGGAUUGAAUCUCUCGGAUCUAGUAUGAUGGGGGGGGGGUGAAACCGGUUUAAAUAUUUACAAGGGUUCUCCAUCUCAUAGACAAUUUGUCUGU